AUGUCCUCACCGUUGGGGUUUAUCGAAAACAACAAUACGAACUCGACUGACCCCGACCGUGAGGGCGAAGCGAUAGCCCAAGAAGCUGCUAAAUCCUUAGGGGUAGACCCCUUAAAAUGCCAGCGCUUACUUUUCUAUGAGAUAACACCGCGGAGUAUUAGGGAAGCCUUGAAUAAUCCUUUGACUAUUAACCAAAACGUGGUCGAAUCACAACUUUCUCGGCAAGUACUGGACCGCAUGAUUGGCUUUUGCCUGAGUACAAUGCUGCAAAAAAAACUGCAAGCUUUAUCAGCGGGUCGAGUGCAAUCAGUGGUUUUGAAAUUAAUUAUUGAACGGGAAGAACUAAUAAAAAAGUUUGAAAAAAAAAAACUUUACAUCAUUUGCGGAAUUUGCCAAGUCAAGGACCAAAAAAUAACUCUGAAACAAGUUGAUAAGUUUGGUGAUUUGGUCCUUUAUAAGGACAAAAGUGAAGCCGAAGAAAUUAGGAAAAAACUAAGUUUAAUUUUUCAACUAAUCGGCAAAAAGGAGGAAAAAAAGUUUAUUUUGCCAAAGUCUCCCCUUAUUACUUCUUUAUUAUUAUUCGAGGCCAAAUCACAAUUAGGAUUUUCAGUGGCUCAAACUACUCAAUUAGCCCAAAAACUCUAUGAGG